CAAUCCACUUCCUAAUCAUCACCCUCAUUCCACACCCUCCCUCAUCCUUGACAGCUUUUGCUCCCUCAGUACUUUCCCGCUCCUCCUCUCACGACGGCCCUGUACCCUAGAGAAAUUCGAGGAUACCUGGGGCUUUUUCUAAGUCCGGAGCGACUCCACUCCACCGCCCAUCUCAAUACCAAACUUGAGCUUCCCCUACCGACAGUCUGCUGACUGCACGCCCAAUUCCUGGGAAAGAAUUUCGACGUCUCCAGGCCCAAUCUGCAAUUGAAAGAGCUCGGAAGAAUUAGCAUGGCCGACUCAUCUUCAGCUCCCAAGCCCUCGAGCAGCGUCAAGCUUGUGCUGUUAGGAGAGGCCGCCGUUGGAAAGUCAUCUCUAGUCCUGCGCUUCGUCAACAAUGAUUUCCAAGAGAACAAGGAACCCACCAUUGGCGCCGCGUUCCUUACCCAAAAGAUCUCCCUUCCCAAUCGGAUCAUCAAGUUCGAAAUAUGGGACACCGCAGGCCAAGAACGCUUCGCCUCCCUCGCCCCCAUGUACUACCGCAAUGCCCAAGCCGCGCUCGUUGUGUAUGACCUGACGAAACCAACAUCCCUCGUGAAGGCCAAGCACUGGGUUGCGGAGCUGCAGAGACAAGCUUCGCCAGGGAUUGUUAUCGCCCUGGUCGGCAACAAACUAGACUUGUGCGCUGAAUCAUCCGGCGAGGGUGCCGAUGAAUCUCAAGAGUCGUCCUCCACGGCAGGUGAGGAUGAGGGCGAGACGAAUAACGCCGAACAGGCCGAAUCUGAGCCUACAGAAAGCGGAGAUGCGAGGAAAAUUUCUACACGAGAAGCCAAAUCAUACGCCGAGGAGGAAAGUCUGCUAUUCUUCGAGACAUCGGCAAAGACAGGAACGAACGUAGCGGAGGUCUUUUCUGCGAUUGCGAAUGCCAUCCCCGAGACAUCGUUGAAGGGCGCUCGAGGAGCUGCUGGUGGAGGAACACAGGCAGCAUUGUCGGGCGCGGCCCAACGAGCGGAGGAAGCGAGGGUGAAUUUGGCAGACAGGGGAAAGCAGCAGAAGGACAAUUGCGCUUGUUGAUUGGACUGGUCAAGAGAGUUAAGAGUGUGUGCCGGAGGGGAUCCUAGGAUCAAUCACUUGAGAAAUAACGGUGUGCUUGGUUCUGAGGAUAAGUUUGGUUAGUCACCCUGGCUGAGGGUGAGCAUGGACCCGGGAUUGAAAAGGUGGUGAGCAGAAGAGGACAGGCGAGUGCCAGACCUGCUCAAAGUUGUCGUGCUCGCUUUGUGCAAAGGAAUAAAGGAACGUGGGCAUGCGAAUUGGGUUGCUGAUUGGAACAGCAUCAGAUCCUGCGGCGUCUGGUAGCGAAGAGCGAAAUGUUGAUCUGCGAUUGCGUUUGUACAAGACUUUGAACGAAACUCACAAAAAGACCUAAUCCUCGUGCAAUCAAGCAUCAAGUAUCGUUACAAGCUAUGGCAUCCUUUCAAAAUCCC